AUCCAUCUCUUCUCCGUCGUCGUUACCAUGUCUUCAAUCGUCGAGCACGUCGUUCUAUUCAAGCUCAACGACGUUGACUCCGGCAAGAUAAACUCCAUGGUCAACGGACUCAACGAACUAGUCAAUCUCAACCAAGUGCUUCACCUCUCUUGCGGUUCAAUCCACCGCCUUAGCUCCACCACCGCCUCCGACUUCACUCACGUCCUUCAUAGCCGUUACAGAUCUAAAGAAGAUCUCAACGCUUACGCAAUCCAUCCCGAUCACGUUCGUGUUGUCAAGGAAUCUGAAUCGAUUCGCGAAGAUAUCAUGGCCGUUGAUUGGAUCGCCGAUCAAGUUCCGGAAACCCUAGCACCGCCUCCUGGUUCAAUUGGUAAAAUCACGCUUCUCAAGGUGAAAGAGAAUGUCUCCGAUGAAGCGAAAUUGGAGAUUAUGGAAGUGAUUAAGGAGAAAUCUCAAGGAAGUGAUCAGAUUACUACUGUUGGAGAAAACUUUUCUCCGGGGAGAGCUAAAGGUUUCUCUAUUGGAUCGAUUUCGUAUUUUAGGGAUUUUGGUGAAAUUGAAGCUGUGGAUGAUCAGAUGAAGUUGCAGAAGGAGAAGAAUCGUGAAUAUAUUGAUGAUACCAUUGUUGUUGAGUUCGUGGUACCGUCUUCUUCUUCACAAGCUAUCUAAAGUGUACAGUACCUGUAAAAAAAGAAAAAAAAAAGUGUACC